AUGUCUGCACCAGCUAAGUUGUGGGGUGGCCGUUUCACCGGCGCCACUGAUCCAUUGAUGAACCUUUACAACGCGUCUCUUCCUUACGAUAAGAAGAUGUACGCUGCUGACUUGGAGGGCACCAGGGUGUACACCAGUGGUCUGCAGAAGAUUGGCCUGUUGACAGAAGAGGAGCUCUCUGAGAUCCACCGUGGAUUGGAAUUGAUCAAGGAGGAGUGGUCGCAGGGCAAAUUUGAAGAGAAGGACGGAGACGAGGAUAUCCACACGGCCAAUGAACGUAGAUUGGGUGAGAUUAUUGGACGUCAAAUUGCCGGAAAGGUCCAUACUGGCCGUUCAAGAAACGACCAGGUUGCCACUGAUAUGAGACUUUACGUCCGUGAGCAGCUGGGUAAUCUGUCUAAGAUUUUGAAGGACUUGAUCGAAACCAUCGUCAAGAGAGCAGAGUCCGAGAUUGACGUCUUGAUGCCAGGUUAUACCCAUUUACAGAAGGCCCAGCCUAUCAGAUGGGCUCAUUGGUUGAGUAUGUACGCCACGUACUUCACAGAGGACUUCAACAGAUUGCAACAGAUCAUUGAAAGGGUCAACGUUUCUCCAUUAGGUGCCGGUGCACUUGCAGGUCAUCCAUACGGAAUCGAUAGAGAAUACCUUGCUGAAAACUUGGGAUUUACCGGUGUCAUUGGUAACUCUUUGACUGCUGUCUCUGACAGAGACUUUGUCGUUGAAACCAUGUUCUGGUCUACUCUUUUCAUGAACCACAUUUCAAGAUUCUCCGAGGACUUGAUCAUCUACUCCUCUGGUGAGUUUGGUUUCAUCAAGCUUGCAGACGCCUACUCCACAGGCUCCUCUCUGAUGCCACAGAAGAAGAACCCUGACUCCUUGGAAUUGCUCAGAGGUAAGUCAGGUAGAGUGUUCGGCUCCCUCUCUGGAUUCCUCAUGUCCAUCAAAUCUAUUCCUUCAACUUACAACAAGGACAUGCAAGAGGACAAGGAGCCAUUGUUCGACUGUCUGAUCACUGUGGAGCACUCCAUCUUGAUUGCCACCGGUGUCAUCUCCACUUUGAACAUCAACAAGGCCAAGAUGGAGGCUGCCUUGACCAUGGACAUGUUGGCCACUGACCUUGCUGACUACCUCGUCCGUAAAGGUGUUCCAUUCAGAGAAACCCACCACAUCUCUGGCGAGUGUGUCAAGCUCGCAGAGGACGAGAACCUCAGCGGAAUCGACCAAUUGACUCUGGAGCAGUUCAAGAAGAUCGAUUCAAGAUUUGGUGAUGACGUUAAAGACGUCUUCAACUUUGAGGCCUCUGUCGAGAGAAGAACAGCCACAGGUGGUACUGCCAAAUCAGCAGUUCUCAAGCAAUUGAAGAACCUGAAGGAUCAAUUGAACUAA